GCCUUUAAAACCCAUUUCAUUGCCGAGGAGUCGGGGAAAAAUUUUCAAUUAAAAGUCAGAGAGAGAGAAAAGGAGUGGAAAAAAACAGAAAUCGUCCAUUUUAAAUUGGUUUCCGACUCUGUGCGUGUAUUUAUGGUGUGAUUUAGGUGGCGGUUUGGUCUUGCUUUUACUUCUUUAGAGAGAGAGAGAGAGAGAGAGAAGCUUCGCCUGCUGAUUUCUUUCUUUUCACGCUUCUGGUGUUUGGCCUAAAGAGCAGGCCUUUUGGGAUCUCUCUCCCCAAAAGUUAGGAUUUCCCAUCUUUCUCUCUUAUUGGGUUUUUCUUGGUUUUUGCGAGAAACUCAAUUAUCUUCAUUUUAAUUCCCAUUUGUUGUUUUGCUCCAAAGGAGAAGAUCUGUGUGCUAAACCGUUCUCGAGAGAUCUGAAAUCUGUACCACCGGGGAAUUGGUCAGAAACAGGUUUCAAGCUGAAGCGUUUCUUUUUAUCACAUUUGUGGGGUUUGUAUAUUAUUCAUUUCAUUUGGUUUCCAAUCUCAAAUUGGGUUCUUAAGGUAGCAUAAAAUGGAUAUCCUAUGUUUCAAGACUGGUGUUCAUGGAAUCAUAUCUUCAAACAUUGGUAUUGUUGGUGGCGACAUAUGCCCCUCAUCUUCUCAAAUCACACAAGGAAGUUUGCAAGUUCGGGCAUCAGGGCGAAACAACGAUGCACCUGUAAAUGCAAAUGCGAGUAUAUCAGUGGAAAAGCCGGCCCCUCAAAUAGCUACUCCAUUACCAUCAUCUUCCUCUUCUUUCUUUACCUACCCAUUAAGAUCUUUAUGGCCGAGAAGUUUCAGGAGAGACCCCCCGAUCCAAAAUAUUCAACCGGAAGUGUUUGCACCUCUCUUGGUACCUGAGGAUGAUGUUUUAGUUGAACAAGAGGAAGGAGAAAGAGAAGGACAAGAAGAUUAUGGUGAUCAAGGAUUUGAGUCCAGUAUUAGACUCUCUUUGGGGGAGACCAGUACAGAAAUCAAAGCAGAAGGGGAAGAACAGAGAGAAAAAAAUGGAACUGAACAGACCCACUUGAAUGUGGAUAGUGGGAAUUGGGUUUUGAAGAUCCUUCACAUAAGGUCUAUUUGGAAGGAGAAGAAGAAAACUGAACAAGAUUUAAGCCCUGAUAAGGCAGAGGAGGAAGAGGUUUUGCCUUCAAAGGAUGUGAUGCUGGGGAAGGAGGACUUAGAGGAGAGAGAUGGUUGUUCUUGUAGCAAUGUGGAAUUGGCUGGUUGUUGUGUUGAUGAGGAGGUAUCCUGUUCAUCAGAUGCAAAUAUUCAACAUGAUAGGGAUUCCUUCUCUAAGCUUCUGCAUCGGGUCUCUCUUGUCGAAACCAAAUUGUACGCGCAGAUGUCAUAUCUUAGUAAUCUGGCUUAUUCAACAUCCCAAAUCAAGCCAGGGCACCUUUUGAAAUACCAAGGUCUUCGAUUUGUCACCUCCUCUAUUGCGAAAAAGGAACAAGCGGCUAAGGCAGGAAAGGACCAACAACAGACUGAAAUAGGAGUUUCAGAAAGUGAAAAACCGAAGAAACCCAACGAAAAGAGAGUUAUAAGUGCAACAGCUGCUUAUCAAGUUGUUGCUGCUGCUGCAUCCUAUUUGCAUUCUCAAUCGAAAAGCAUUCUUCCAUUUAAAUCAGCAAAAGCCAACGCCGUAAAUGGUGCUGAUUUAAGUUUGGUUGGUGACUCUAAAGAGGGAGAAACACACAACUUAUUUGAAGGUGGCCUUGACAAAGACUCUGUUGCGACCAAUUUGCCUGGAUCUGAAGUGGCUUCUUUUGUUGCCACCACUAACUCAGUGACUGCUGUGGUUGCUGCCGAGGAUGAAGCACGGCAAGCAGUUGCAAAGGAUCUAAACUCUAUCCAUUCUUCACCUUGUGAAUGGUUUAUAUGUGAUGAUGAAAUUGAAUGGACCCGGCUAAUUGUUAUUCAGGGUUCUGAGUCACUGGCUUCCUGGCAAGCAAAUCUACUCUUUGAACCCAUCCAGUUCGAGGGACUAGAUGUGCUCGUGCAUAGGGGAAUAUAUGAGGCAGCCAAAGGGAUAUACGAGCAGGUGUUGCCUGAUGUGAAGGCCCACUUGCUAGCCCAUGGGGAUUCCGCUACCUUUCGUUUCACUGGUCACUCUCUUGGAGGAAGCCUCUCUCUCGUGGUUAGCCUCAUGCUAUUAAUAAGAGGAGAGGUCCCCCGUUCUUCUCUAUUGCCUGUUGUUACAUUCGGUUCUCCAUGUAUUAUGUGUGGGGGUGACUACCUUUUGCAACAGCUGGACCUUCCACAAAGCCAUGUGAGAGCUGUAACAAUGCACAGAGACAUUGUUCCCAGAGCUUUCUCUUGCAAUUACCCUGACCAUGUCGCUGAGCUUCUCAAAGCUGUGAAUGUCAACUUCCGGAAGCACCCCUGCCUUAAGAAUCAGAAACUGCUUUAUGCUCCUAUGGGUGAGCUCCUCAUCCUACAACCUGAUGACACUGUCUCCCCCCACCACCACCUUCUCCCCUUGGGCAGCGGCCUCUACGUGCUCGGCCGCCCCCAUCCAUUGGAUGAAACACAAUUUUCCACAUCCACUGCCUCAUUAAAAGCGGCACAGAAAGCCUUCUUGAACUCCCCUCAUCCCCUUGAGACCCUCAGUGAUCGUGGUGCCUAUGGAGCUGAAGGCACAAUCUAUAGAGACCACGACUCCAACUCUUAUCUAAAGACUGUGCGCUCCGUCAUCCGACAAGAACUCAAGAGUCUUAGGAAGGUAGAAAGGGAGCAAAGAAGACGUGCUUGGUGGCCACUGAUAGCCGAGGGCCCAUCUGCCACCCCCUUAGGGGUUAGAUUUAGUGGUUGUUUGGGGAGAAACACGAAGGAUAGGGCUCGAGCUGGCCUUGUGGGUGCAGUGCAGAGUGGGGGGGAGUCGUUGAGAAGAUUUGGGAGGUUGAUUAUGUCGGGGCAUGUGGCGAUGCUUCUUGUGUUGUUGUUGCCAUCACAUUUGCUUGUGUUUGGGGCUUCAUCAUUGCUUAGAUGAUUGGAUUUGAUGGAGAGAGGGUGAAAUAUGUCAAUUUUAAGGGUGGUUUUGUCAUUGGAAUUGGGAUGGUUAUGGGCUGACAUUCAU